AUUAGCGUUAGCUCCGUGUGGGAGUGGAAGUGCGCGGCAAGUCUGCAGUGACAGAACGAUCGACGGAGGAUUAACGCUGAUUUUUUUUUCUCUUGAAACGUGUGGAUUUUAGGACAUGCCGUCGUCUAUUUCCAGUGAUAAAAGCCCUGAAGAUGCCGAGUCCUCCCAGUGCACCACGGAGUACUGCCAGAAGUUGCAGCAGUGGAUGUGGAGCUACUACUGCGGCUACGCCAGCUGGCAGAGCUGGGUAGCCCUGUCCACGCUCCCCUUCCCUCCUCCGUACGCUGUGACGCCUUCUCAUGGGACCACCAGCACACACACAACGACAGGACAGCAGCCUCUUGACUCAAGGAACUGGUACUAUUACCCAUAUCCGCUUAGUUUGCACGGAUACCCCGAGGGCGCUCAAAAUAAUCACCAAUUUUACCAGACCACAACCGCCUCCCAAACCCCUACGGAUGCCCGCCCGGGACAUCAGCAAAAUGGGACCCCACCACAGCCAGGGUGGGAGUACACUGUCCCCUCUCCCCUCCAGAGAUUUAUGGCUGAGACUGUGGACUUCUUCAUCUUGUUUUGUAUAAAAGCCACUAUAGUGUUGUGUAUAAUGCACCUCAGUGGAAUGAAGUAAGUAGCCUAUAACGAAAUACACACUA